AUGACGUCCGAAAACCUUAAAGCCUCGCAUUUCCAAACCGCUGUCUACUUUGCCUUUGGAUUCUUCUUUUCGANUUACCUGUCCCAACAUGUUCUUGUCACUCCUUACACGAAUCAUCUUCUUCAACCUUGUUUCUCCUGGUCUNAUCUUUGUAGUAUGUUUUAUAUCGCUUUUCUUGAAGUCUUGCAGAGGAUAGCUUUUUGGCUAUUGAGCACAGGUUCGUCUCCACUAAAAUUAAACGAUGCUACUACUCGUGCGAAAAUCGUCAAAUGCAAAGAGUCCUUGUGGAAACUGUUGUACUAUGCUGGUUGUGAAUUAUUUGUUCUCGGAUUCGUUUAUCCAGAGCCGUGGUUUGGAGAUAUUAAACUCUACUUCCACGGAUGGCCUAAUCAAGAGCUCAAGUCUUCUCUAGAGCUUUUCUAUAUGUGCCAGUGUGGGUUCUAUGUUUAUAGUGUUGCUGCGUUGCUUGCGUGGGAGACCAGAAGAAAGGACUUUGCUGUCAUGAUGUCUCAUCACAUAAUUACUAUCAUCCUCAUUGGCUCCUCAUACUUAGUGGGCUUCUUUAGAAUUGGAUCAAUCANUGAUAUGACAAUACAAACUCUUGUUCAACCUCAUAUUAAAACGGAUGUCCGACCAACAGCUUUUGCACCUCUGCUAGUCUCCUUGUAA